AUUCAAAUUCUCCAUUUUAUUCUUCCUUCAUACAAUUUCGUUUUUUUUUCAACAACUGAUAAACAAUUAAAGAUUUUUUCAAUUUUUUCUGCAUCAUGUCUCUUUGCAAGCAAAAUUUCGCCUCUGCCAGUGAAGAAGCUAUUAACUACCAGAUAAGUCAAGAGCUUCAAGCAUCACAAGUCUAUCUUUCAUUAGCCUCAUGGGCAGACAGUUCCAACCAGGGCUUUCCAGGGCUCCAACAGUUUUUCAAGAAGAGUGCUGAAGAGGAGCGUGAGCAUGCUCAGAAGCUUAUAGAGUACCAGAAUCGUCGUGGAGGUCGUGUCGUCCUUCAGACUCUUCAGGCGCCAGAAAUGGAUUGGAAUUCUCCUCAGAAUGCUAUCGAGGCAACAUUGCAGCUUGAAAAAGAUGUGAACAAGAGUUUGCUUAACUUGCACAAGGUUGCGGAUGAAAGUAAUGAUUCUCAAUUGACCGAUUUUAUCGCCUCAGUGUAUCUUCCUGAGCAGGUAGACGGCAUUAAGAAGAUUGCCGAUCUUUUAACUCAGCUGAACCGUGUUGGCGGAGAUGGUCUCGGAUUGUAUCUUUGGGACCAAGAGUUGUUGAAGCAGUAUUCCUGAGGCCUGAAACCUUAAACAUUCGUCACAUCCUCCUUCUCCUCCUCCAACUCUUCCCUAUCUUGUAAAUUAUAUGCAGGCUUUUGUUCAAUUCUAUCUACAAU